UAUAGCGUUCAUCUCAAAGUUUGACAUAUUCUUAAAAGAUACUCUCUUUUCUUUACUUCAUCGACUAUCUUCGGAAUUAAUUUGAAAUAGAGGAAAAUCGCGCACUCGAUUGUCGACGUAUCGUGUCAUUUCGACGAAGCGAGGACCGAUUUCGCUGAUUCCGCUUUGCUCUGCGUCGCGAGAGGGAAACCGCGGGAUGACAGCAUGACCCAGGACCCAGAGUUUCCUCGUCGAUUGUUUACGCGAUACAUCAAAACGUGGCGAAUUAGCGAAUAUACGAGUAUGAAUUGACCCGGACCGAUCGAUAAGAGGAAAGAAAGAUGAUCGGCGACACGGCGCAGAUCGACAGGGAGCUCGUUGAAUGGAUCGAUGGCAUCCCGUUUUCGAAACCCGCGAGAAACUUGACGAGAGAUUUCUCGGAUGCCGUUCUCACGGCGGAGGUCCUCAAGUUAUAUUAUCCCCGGCACGUGGAGCUUCACAAUUAUGUUCCGGCAAAUAGUGUAAACACAAAGAGGGAGAACUGGAAAAUGUUGAAUCGAAAGGUGCUCAUGAAACUUGACAUGAAAUUGAGCAGCGAUACGAUCUAUCAAUUGGCAAAUGGGUCGCAACGUGCAAUCGAGAAACUCUUGACCAAGUUGAGAAUGAAAGUUCUGAAGGACGGUGUUGAAAUGCACAAGUUGAAGCUCAAAGAUGUAGAAGAAGAGAAGAUUGGAGAUGGCUCGCCGGAGAACGAUGGUUACCUAAAAUUGCCAGUAGAAAGUUCAAACAAGUUUGAUGUCGAUAACGAAAUUCGUGAAAUUAAGCCGUCUAAAUUUACGUGUCUCAAACGAGGAAUCCUCGUUGUCUUCAGUUGGAUUAUGUGUCUCUUCCGUAUAUGGAACAUCUUCAGCUGUUGCAUACCUUCUCGUUUUCGCAGGCCAGGCGACGCGCUCGUAAACGUCACAACGGAGCGAAUUGAAGAUGCAAACGGCGAAAAUGUGCAACGUACGAUUUAUUCGGAGUUGAAGAAGGACCUACGCGAAAAGGAAGAAGUGAUAAGCACUUUAAACCACAAAAUCGCGUAUCUGGAGAGUUCAAUGAAACUCAAGGAUCUGCGCAUCUCCAGUCUGGCGGGACAGAUUUUGCAAAACGCUGUCGAAAUGGAUCAGUCGGCGAAGUCGCAAUCAAUCGACGGCGUACGCGCCAAAUUACGUUCGCGAUCGCACAAUUUUCAUGAAACUAAAGCGAAUUAGAAAUCCGUAGUAAUGCAAAGUUGCAAGCUUAACUGUGAAAUAAGAAAUAAAAAAUUAUUGAGAUUUACUGUUUUAAUUAUUUAUUAUAUUGCAUGUAACAUAUGUAAUAGAGGCUUAUUCUCUUUAACACAUUAUGACUUACAGUCUUCUUUUAGCUCAAAUUAGGCCAUGUAGAAAUUAAAAAGUCGAAUUUCACUCGUAUAAUUUAACUUGUUUGUUGAACAUAGUCGCUUUCUAUAAGAUAAACCAUGGCUCAGUUAAUCAAAGCUUCUGUUUUUUAAUGGAACAUAAUUAAGUAUCAUAUCGUAAUUCUUUGCCGUGUAUCGACAAUUGUUUUGUUUCGACUUAAUAGUUU